GUAGAGGAUCUUUCAGCUCCGAUACAGCGCGUCAAAGCUUGCAUCAAAAUACGAAUGAAUUCCGUUGUGGAAGUCAAGACGGAGAUAGAAGAUAUGGAUGUCGAGCCAGUCACCGGGUUCCAAAAUCAUUCGUCCUCGGUACGUGACAGCAUUGGAGGAAUUGACAAAAAAAGAAUUCUGGAGGACAGGAAUGACGAAGAGGAACUGUUCGAUAAUGUUAGUUGA